UGUGCUUCCUGUUUUACGCCAGUCACCUCCCCGGGAUCCAGCGGGAUGGAGGUCCUGAUGUCUGCUGCACUGAAAUAAACUGAAAUAAAGACUCGAGCUGAGAGUUUCUCCUGUCAGACUGCAGUAUCGUGUCUCUGAGGACUCACCGGGCCUUCAUCUGCAUCAUUUUAUUCAUAUUAAUUAUCUUUUUUUCCACCCCAAACCCUGUUGGAGUGUGUCGUCUUUUUCGGAGAGAAAGGCCCUCAGGGAUGGAGUCGAUGCCCGGACAGCUUCGAGACGCGGGACGGGACGCCAGCUCUUCCCCCAGUUUGAAGCAGGACGCGCAGAGCUUCUCCGGCCCCAGCUCCCUCAAACCGAACCAAGUGAGCGAGACCGCGCUGUACGGGGUGCCCAUCGUAUGUCUGGUCAUAGACGGUAAGGAGAGACUCUGCCUGGCGCAGAUUUCCAACACGCUGCUGAAGAACUACAGCUACAACGAGAUCCACAACCGCAGAGUCGCUUUGGGCAUCACCUGCGUGCAGUGCACCCCGGUGCAGCUGGAGCUGCUGCGGCGCGCCGGGGCCAUGCCCAUCUCCUCCAGGCGCUGCGGUAUGAUCACCAAGCGGGAGGCCGAGAGGCUCUGCAAGUCCUUCCUGGGGGCGCACAGCCCCCCAAAGCUGCCGGAAAACUUCGCAUUUGACGUGACUCACGAUUGCGCGUGGGGCUCCAGGGGCAGCUUCAUCCCCGCCAGAUACAACAGCUCCAGAGCAAAGUGCAUCAAGUGCAGCUUCUGCAACAUGUAUUUCUCCCCCAAUAAAUUCAUUUUCCACUCGCACCGCACCACAGAGUCCAAGUACCUGCAGCCGGACGCGGCCAACUUCAACUCGUGGAGGCGCCACCUGAAACUGACGGACAAAAAACAGUCUGAGGACAUUCACCAUGCGUGGGAGGACGUAAAGGCCAUGUUCAACGGCGGGAGUAGAAAGAGGACUCUACCUAUGAGCGGGUCGGACAUGUCCUCGUCCAUGAAAUCACAGGCCUCGUCCAGUCUGGCCCAGACCAGCUCCCCUGAGAUCCCCCACAAAACUUUACGGUGCGACGAGGAUCAGGGAAAUAAUAACCUGAGUUUGGCGGGCGGCGCGCGGACCUACCCAGUCAUCCCAGUGCCCAGCAAGAGCUUUGGCAUGCUGCAGAAAAUCCCCCCACCUCUGUUCCCCCAUCACCCGUACGGCUUCCCCAGCUACAGCCUGUGUCCGAAGAAGAGCGACGGUGUGCCUGACGCCAACAAGAACAAUGUCUCUGGUGUGUUCUGGUCCGGCGCAAAGGACGCCCUCUACCCGGCCUUCCCCAUGUUCUGGCCUACAGCUGGAGGCCUACCCAUGCCGCCCUACCCGGGCUCUCCACCCAAACCUCUUCCGGAGCUGCCAGGCGUCCGACAGGGAGACCUCGACCUAUCUGACCAAAGCGACCGGGGCGCGAACACACCCAAAGACACCAACCACCACCCUCACCUCCAGCAGGACGGAGAGCGCUGCUCCAGCUCCCAGUCCUCCUCCACCAGGAACGACGAGGACAAGUCCGGGGACGAGACCCCCCAGAGGAAAAUCAGCUACAUCUCGGCCUUCAGACCUGUCGUCAAAGACGCGGAGACCAUCGCCAAACUGUACGGCAACCGGGACGGCUACGGCGUGCGCCCUGGCUACCUGUCGCCGGAUUUUAUUAGUGAGAGCUCCAGUUAUAGAUCCAUUUCACCGGACAGGGACAGCGUGGUGGACGACGACGACGACGACGACCCGGAUGUGGAUGUGGAGUCCAACCGAGGACAAGACGAAGAGCAACCGAUCCAGAUCUCGCCAGGAGUGGACCACCGUGACUCCCCUGUGCCGGACCGGGUCUCUUCCGGUGCUGAGGAGAGUCAGGAGCAGCCUGACGCCUCCUCCAGCCCCGGAGCAGCAGCAGCAUCAUCACCGGAGGAUUCCGUGCACACUGGGUCACCAGAGGAGGACAGACGGAUGCGUAAUGGCUCUCCUCUUCAUGAAGUGUACGCUCAUGAAAAGGACGGCCACGUGCUCCUGAACGAGCCCUCGUCGUUUGGGUCCAAACACUCGAGCAGAUCCAACGGUGUUCAUCACGUGUCUGAAAUUCAGAACCAGCGCACAGCAGCAACAUAUCAGGAGCAAAAGGACAGACAAGCCGAUGGAGCUUUACGCAUCGACAUCAGCGUGCAUGAAAGAGAUCUGGAGAACAUGGCGAAAGAGGAGUUGCAGAAGCAGCUUGUGGAACAAGUGGAGUUGAGGAAAAAGUUGGAGAGAGAAUUUCAGCAUUUAAAAGAUAAUUUUCAGGAUCAAAUGAAGCGUGAGCUGUCCUACAGAGAGGAAAUGGUCCAGCAGCUGCAGAUUGUUCGAGACACUUUGUGCAGCGAGUUGGACCAAGAGAGAAAGGCUCGUUAUGCAAUACAGCAGAAGCUAAAAGAAGCUCAUGACGCCCUUCACCAUUUCUCCUGCAAGAUGCUCACCCCUCGCCAGUGCACCGGAGCCUGCACCUUCAAACCUCCGCUGCUGCCUCCCUAGUGCCCGGCACCACCCUGCACCCGACCCCCAGCACAGCCAAAAAAAAACAACACACACACACACACACAAACACACACACACACACACACACUCAAAUCGCCUCGAGAGCUCUCACCUCCCACCUGUAACCCAAGGACUACCCACCUGCUGUAUAGAUCCACCACUGAUUUUAGCACUUGAGUGAAGACUCGGAGAAGGUUUUGGCAACAAACUUUCCCCCCGAAAAAACUGAACUCUUGAUUAAAAGGGACCUUAAAGUUCAUUUUAUGUUUUGAAGUAAAAGGAUUGUUGAUCCGAAGCUGCAAAGCUCAAACCAAGGAGUCUCUCUGAAUCAAAGUGGUCUGCUCUUUAGCUCCUCUGAAAAGAAGAAAACAACACUAUAUACAUAAACAUAUAUAAAUAUAUAUAUCACGUGACGAUGUGCAAUGGCUCGUAUAAUUGUGAUAUUAAGUUCAAAAUGUAUCUCAUUAUUUAGCUUUUGUUGCUUGUUUGAAUGUCUUGAGUUUUUACAUAUAUUUAUUAUUUCCUUUUGUUUGUUCAAUUUAUUGUUUAGAUGAUUUGUAACACUGUAUAUGUUGUUAAGCACUUUAAAUGGGCAACAUUUCUAAAUUUGACCAUGCCGUCCUAUACCAAAUUCUUUUAUCAAAAAAAAUCUUUAUGUUUAAAAAUAGACUACAUUAUUAUUAUCAUUGUCAUUAUUAUUAUUAUGAGCACUUAAAUUCAUCAGCAGUUCAGGUUUGACAUCAAACGAUUAAAAGAUGUUCUGAACUUUGAAAUGAUAAAAAAAAAAAGGAAAAAAAAACAGGCGAGCCAUUUAUAGAUAUCAUGUACAGUUUAGACUAUUUUAACACAAAUUU